AACCCGUCAGUAUCCGGCCGAGUCAAUGGCUACUACGUUGGUGUUGUACACAAAUAAGAAAAGCCCACCCUGUCGGGCGGUGAGACUGACGGCCCGUGCCCUCGGACUCGAGUUGAUCGAGAAAGAAAUGACCCUGGUGCGUGGUGAUAAGCUGAUGGAAGAGUUCUUGAAGGUUAGCCCACAGCACACGAUACCGGUGCUGGAUGAUGGCGGCACGAUCAUCAUCGCCAGCCACGCCAUCAUGAUCUACCUCGUUUGCAAAUACGGUCCGGACGAUCGGCUCUACCCGGCCGAUAUAGUGAAGCGUGCCCGCGUCCACACUUCCCUCCACCUUGAUUCGGGCGUGAUCUUUUCGCGGCUAAGUUUUCUAUUCGAACCAGUGAUCUACUCGGGCAAAUCAUACUUCCACUCAGACCGCGUGGAACACAUCCGGAAGGCGUACCGUUUGCUCGAAGACACCCUUGUGGAUGACUACCUCGUCGGCAGCGACCUGACGAUCGCCGACUUUAGCUGCAUCUCCAGCAUCUCCUCACUGGUAGGCGUUGUGGCACUGGAGGAGGAAAAGUUCCCCAAAAUCACUCGAUGGAUCUCGCGCAUGAAGGAGCUACCGUACUACGAGGAGACGAACGGUACCGGUGCGACCGAGUUGGCACAGUUCGUGCUAGGGAAAAAGGAAGCCAACGCGGCGCAGUAUUUGUGAUCGCCGCCGCGAACAACAAAAUACGUUUCCCCGUCGAUUUAUGCAAAUGCUUCUCUCGGUUUUAUUCCUAGCGCCGUUCAGACGGCCGCUUCAUAAAACGUAAAUACAAAUCGGCCAGCAUCACCGUUGCUUAUGCCUUGCCCACUUUCUGGUUGUACAGUUGUAGCGCCUCGUUGGCACGAUCGGUGUUUAUGUCCUUGUAGUGCGGGAGGUUUUUCUCGAGUCUUGCCAGGUAAGCCACCACCGUCGGGUACUUGGUGGCAUCGACCGGGAACAGUGCGUUCAGCGUGCAGAGGGACGUCGAGACACUGACGUCGGCCAGCGUUAUUUUGCUGCCUACCAGAUAGUCCGUACCAGCGGAAGCCAGCGAGCCUUCGAGCAGAUCGUAAGCCUUCUGAAUCGAAUCGAGCUUCUCCUGUGGUACCUCCGUCUGGCCCCAGUAGAAGACCGGUUCCAGAAUCCAGCGUAA